GCUAAAGGGUGUGUUCUAUUGAAGUGUGCGGAGAGUUGUACUUUCUCAGAGCAUUCAAUUUCCAAAGGAACAGAGAGAAAUGGAGCUUCAACACUUCAGCGAUGAUCAUCCUCUGAUCUUUAGCGCAGUCACAGCGAGUGGUUUUACGUGUGAUGGGUGCAAUGAAAGCAUAAAGAGUUCACGCUACAGUUGCAGAAAGUGUGACUUCGACCUUCAUCCCUCAUGUGCCGAACUACCCCGCGAGUUGCAGCACCCUAUACACAGCAAACACCCUCUCAUUCUCCACAAAACACCACCAUAUGAUGGGAAGACUUGCACGUGCAGUGUCUGCAACUUACCUUGCAAAUGGUUUGUUUACAACUGCACGCACUGCAAAUUUAACCUUGAUAUUAAAUGUGCUUCACUACGGUUCAUCCCGGGAGCUGAAACUCAUGACCACCCAUUGACCCACUUCCGAAAGUUGAUCUCAUUCACUUGUGAUUUUUGUGGUAAAGAAGGCAUGGGCAUGCCUUACCUAUGUGGCAUCUGUGGAUUUUGGGUCCACUGCACAUGUGCCUCCUUACCACGCAUGCUCAAACAUAUUCGGCACAAGCACCCUCUAAAUCUUACCUACUCUCUUAAGGACAAUUACUCUAAGCACCGACUUUGCCAAGUCUGUGUCAAAAAGGUGGAUACAAAUUAUGGAGUUUAUUAUUGCUCUAGUUGUGAUUACGUUGCCCACCUUGAUUGCGCUACGGACGAGAAUGGCAUAGAUGAAAAUUUUAUGCAGGAAUCUAAAGGCGAGGAGCCUACUGACAACACCCACUUCACCAACACCCCCCUCACCCUUGAACUAAGUAGACCUCAAUUCCGGUGGUAUAGAUGUCAUGCUUGUCAGUUUCAAAGUAAUGGCUUUAUCUACAACUGCCACAAAUGCGAUUUUGUCCUUGAUGUCUCAUGUAGUUUGAUCUCAGAAUUAGACACGUUAACUCACAUUGGUCACGAGCACCCCCUAAUCUUCUCUAGCACAACUAAUGAUGAGGAGUGUAGUGCUUGUAAUUCUAAAGGAAGAAUCUUUCGUUGUACUAAAUGUGAAUUUACUUUGGAUUUUGGAUGUGCUGCAUUACCACACACCGUAAAGUAUAAAUAA